CUGCCGAGAAGCAUUGGUUAAGAUCACACUGCUCUUUCUUAGGAGAAUGAAGCAAGAGGAGCUCGCUGACCGUCUGCAGAGCAAAACAUCUUUUAGGAACUUCCAAUCGAGUCAAAGUGAGCUUAAAUCAAAACUGAAGAAGAAGUUCCAGUGUGUUUUUGAGGGGAUCGCUAAAGCAGGAAAUCCAACCCUGCUGAAUCAGAUCUACACAGAGCUCUACAUCACAGAGGGAGGGUCCACAGAGGUCAAUGAUGAACACGAGGUUAGACAGAUUGAAACCGUAUCCAAGAAAUCAGAUAGUUCAGAAACAACAAUCAGACAAGAAGACAUCUUUAAAGGCUCACCUGAGAGACAUGAACCAAUCAGAACAGUGCUGACAAAGGGAGUGGCUGGGAUUGGGAAAACAGUCUUAACACAGAAGUUCACGCUGGACUGGGCUGAAGACAAAACCAACCAGGACAUCCAGUUCAUGUUUCCAUUCACUUUCAGAGAGCUGAAUGUGCUGAAAGAGAAAAAGUUCAGCUUGAUGGAUCUUAUUCACCACUUCUUUCCUGAAACCAAAGGAUCAGGAAUCUGCAGUUUCGAAGACUUCCAGGUUGUGUUCAUCUUUGAUGGUCUGGAUGAGUGUAGACUUCCUCUGGACUUCCAAAACAUUGAGACGCUGACUGAUGUUACAGAGUCCACCUCAAUGGAUGUGCUUCUGACCAACCUCAUCACACGGAAUCUAUUUCCCUCUGCUCGCCUAUGGGUAACCACACGCCCUGCAGCAGCCAGUCAGAUCCCUCCUCAAUAUGUUGACAUGGUGACAGAGGUUAGAGGGUUCACUGACCCUCAGAAAGAGGAGUACUUCAGGAAGAGAUUCAGAGAUAAGAAGCAGGUCUGUAGAAUCAUCUCCCACAUCAAGAGAACACGAAGCAUCCACAUCAUGUGCCACAUCCCAGUCUUCUGCUGGAUCACUGCUACAGUUCUGGAGGAUGUGCUGGAAACCAGAGAGGGAGGACAGCUGCCCAAGACCCUGACCGAGAUGUACAUCCACUUCCUGGUGGUUCAGGCCAAAGUAAAGAAGGUCAAGUAUGAUGGAGGAGCUGAAACAGAUCCACACUGGAGUCCAGAGAGCAGGGAGAUGACUGUGUCUCUGGGAAAAUUGGCUUUUGAACAGCUGCAGAAAGGAAACCUGAUCUUCUAUGAAUCAGACCUGAUGGAGAGUGGCAUCGAUAUCAGAGCAGCAUCAGUGUGUUCGGGAGUGUUCACACAGAUUUUUAAAGAGGAGAGAGGACUGUACCAGGACAAGGUUUUCUGCUUCAUCCAUUUGAGCAUUCAGGAAUUUCUGGCUGCUCUUCAUGUCCACCUGACUUUGAUCAACUCUGGUAUUAAUCUUCUGGAAGAGAAAGAGAUGACAUCCCAGAACUCUGAAACAAGAGAUCCUACACCCUUCUACCAGAAUGCUGUGAACAAAGCUUUACAGAGUACAAAUGGACACCUGGACUUGUUUCUCCGCUUCCUUCUGGGACUAUCACUACAAACCAAUCAGAGUCUCCUACAAGGCCUGCUUACACAGACAGGAAGUAGCUCACAGGCCAAUCAGGAAACAGUCAAGUUUAUCAAGGAGAAUAUCAAUGAGAAUCUGCCUGCAGAGAAAAGCAUCAAUCUGUUCCACUGUCUGAAUGAACUGAAUGAUCGUUCUCUAGUGGAUGAGAUCCAACAAUCCCUGAGUUCAGGAAGGCUGUCUACAGAGAAACUGUCUCCUGCUCAGUGGUCAGCUCUGGUCUUCAUCUUAUUGUCAUCAGAGGAAGAUCUAGAUGUGUUUGACCUGAAGAAAUACUCUGCUUCAGAGGAGGCUCUGCUGAGGCUGCUGCCAGUGAUCAAAGCCUCCAACAAAGCUCUACUGAGUGGCUGUAACCUCUCAGAGAGAAGCUGUGAAGCUCUGACUUCAGUUCUCCGCUGUCGGUCCUGUAGUCUGACAGAGCUGGACCUGAGUAAUAAUGACCUGCAGGAUUCUGGAGUGAAACUUCUCUCUGCUGGACUGGAGAGUUCGCAUUGUGCACUGGAAACUCUGAGUCUGUCAGGCUGUCUGAUCACAGAGCAAGGAUGUGUUUCUCUGGCUUCAGCUCUGAGCACCAAUCCCUCCCAUCUGAAAGAGCUGGAUCUGAGCUAUAAUGAUCCAGGAGACUCAGGAAUUAAAUUGUUGUUAAGUGGACUGAAGGAUCCAUGUUGGAAACUAGACACUUUAAGGGUGGAGCCGGCUGGAGUCCGAUGGUUGCGACCAGACGGUCUGAGGAAGUUAAACAAAUACCUCAAACUGUCCGACAACAACAGGAAGGUGACACAGGUGAAGGAGGUUCAGUCAUAUCCUGAUCAUCCAGACAGAUUUGAUUACUGGUAUCAGCUGCUGUGUACAGAUGGUCUGACUGGUCGCUGUUACUGGGAGGUCGAGUGGAGUGGAGGAAUCGAUAUAUCAGUGAGUUACAGAGGAAUUGAAAGGAAAGGCGACAGUAAAGACUGCGUGUUUGGAAGGAACGAUCAGUCCUGGAGACUGGAAUGCUAUAGCGAUGGUCGCCCUCGUUCUGUGUGGCACAAUAACAGAAGCAUGUCUUCCUUCUACUCCUCCUCCACCUCUUCUGCCUCUAACAGAGUAGCCGUGUACGUGGACUGUCCUGCUGGCGUUCUGUCCUUCUACAGAGUCUCCUCUGACACUCUGAUUCACCUCCACACCUUUAACACCACAUUCACUGAACCUAUUUAUCCUGGAUUUGGUUUCAAUCCUAAUGCAUCAGUGUCUUUGUGUUCUGUUUAG